CCCCAGCCGCCCAGAGUGCCGGAGAGAGGCGGAGGGUUCGUGUCCGCUGGGAAUUGUUGGCUGUUGGGGAAACUUUCCUGCCAGGUCAGGCUCGGCAUUGGGGGCUGUGUUUGGAACGUGGAUCGUCACUUGGAGUUUACUAAUGUUUACAGGGCUGCGCAGCAGGGAAACGGAAGAGAGGGGGGAGGUGGAAAGCAACCGCUUGCCCCGAAGCUCACAAGCAGCCUCUGCCAGGAAGGCGCCCCGACGCGCUCUACCCGAGACUGGGCUUCGCAGCGAAUUUUAUAGGAGGCUCAUUAGCAUAUUGCGAACGUUCCGCCUCAGCCUCCUGGUGAUUGGCCGUGGCGUCGCCCAUGGAAUGUCGUUAUCAUGCCGCCGCUGAGCCAUUGGCUGCUGGGCCGGGCGAGGGCGGGCCUUGCGCAGUGACUGAAAUCCUGAAGGAACUAGAUGACUAUUAUGAGAAGUUUAAGCGCGAGACGGAUGGCGCCCAGAAGAGGAGACUGCUGCACUGCAUUCAGAGAGCCCUGAUUCGGAGCCAGGAGCUGGGUGAUGAGAAGAUCCAGAUUGUGAGUCAGAUGGUGGAGCUGGUGGAGAACCGAACCAGGCAGGUGGACAGUCACGUGGAACUCUUCGAGGCACAUCAAGAGGUCAAUGACACUACCGGCCACGGUGGCAAAGCCGGCCAAGAUAAGUCCAAGAACGAGACAAUCACACAGGCAGAAAAACCCAACAACAAGAGGUCCCGGCGACAGCGCAACAACGAGAAUCGAGAGAACGCAGCUAAUAUUCACGACCACGAUGACAUCACCUCAGUAACGCCUAAGGAGAAGAAAGCAAAAGCCUCCAAGAAGAAGAAACGCUCCAAGGCCAAAGCAGAGAGGGAAGCAUCCCCCGCAGACCUCCCCAUCGACCCAAACGAGCCCACGUACUGUCUGUGCAAUCAGGUCUCCUAUGGAGAAAUGAUCGGCUGUGACAACGACGAGUGCCCCAUCGAGUGGUUCCACUUCUCCUGCGUGGGACUGAAUCAUAAACCAAAGGGCAAGUGGUACUGUCCCAAAUGUCGAGGGGAGAAUGAGAAAACCAUGGACAAAGCCCUCGAGAAAUCCAAAAAGGAGAGGGCUUACAACAGGUAGUUGGUGGACCUCACUGAGCAGUGAAGUGACAAGAUAAGCCCGUGUAUUUAUUACAUCGCCACCUGUGGUGAGGCACAAGGACUGUACAGUGUAUAUUUUUAAAGAAUGUUAGAAAAGGAGCCAUUCCUUUUGUAGGGAUGGCGGUCAUUCUCUUUGCCUUUUGUUUUCAUUGGUACACAUGUGUAACAAGAAAGUGGUCUGUGGAUCAGCAUUUUAGAAACUACAAAUAUAGGUUUGAAUUAAACACUCAAGUGAGUCUCAGACUGAUUUUUUUUUUUUUUUCCUAGAGUGGGGGUGACAUGGAAGCAACCUAACACAUUAAAUGUGGAAAGAAGAUUUCAUUUAGCUGCUAUUUUAAUAAAAAUAAUGUUAUUUCUUCAUGAACAAAUUUUUAAAAAAUUAACCAAGUUGCUGAAAAAGCCCAUAGCAAAUUUGUUUCUUGCUAUAAUAAUGUAUAUCCAUAUAACAAUUCAAUAAAAACGUUUAAAGUUUGAAGAUUAUUUUUUAAAAAAAUAAAUGGCUAAGUUUUACAUGACAGACAUUUUAUACACUGGCCUAUUCCCCAAAUGGUCAUUUUUAAAUGAUUGGGUACAUUUUUUAUUAAAUCAAACAGAAGUGGUCUAGUCAUGGAACUUCAAAUCACACUUUUACUAUCACAAAUCCUAGUGUAGCUGUCUUUAAUUUAUAUCAAGUGUGUAAAUGUACAUUUCCAAGUGAACGUGCACUUGCUGUAUUAUAAUCAGAAGUGCGGCCAGAUGCCAUUGUGAAACCAAGGUGUGUUUCCUGCUGUGUGCACGAGAGCUGUGACAUCAAGAAAUAAAUGAAACUUGGCCAGUUUGUUCCUCUAGCAGUACAUUUAAUUUUGACAUAAGUAAUUUUAAAUUUUUGUCUUAAAAAUUUGUACACCAGCAGUUUAGACAAAGCCUUAAGCAAGUUUUGUAUUAUUGUUCUCGCUUAAUAAUGAAGUAGAAGUUACCUAAUUGCAAGCAAAUAAAUAAGUGUCAAAACAGAAUACAUAUUUAGAUCAGGGUUGGGAAAUUACUACCCACAGACCAAGUCCAGCCACCAUCCGUUUUUGUAUUGUCUGUGAGCCGAGAAUGAUCUUUACAUUGUUAAAUGGUUAAAAAAUCAAAAGAAUCCUAUUUCUUGACAAGUGAUAAUUAUAUGAAAUUCAAAUUUAGUGUCCAUAAAUAAAGUGUUACUGGCACACAGCCAUGCUUAUUCACUUA